AUGGCAGGAUAUCAGCUCUGGUCACCAUGGACCCCACUGGAUGAGAGUUUCCAGUGGUUACGACAUACAACACCUACUCCUUCUUCCAAGCACCCCUUUAGGGCUUCUCACUGCUUCCCACAUACCCCUUCAGACCUGGAAGUGCAGCUUUGCUUCCAGGAGGUUACCCUCGUCCUAGACAGCCCAUUUCUGGAGACUGGGGUGAGUCCCAAGUUGCCCUGCCACACGUCGGAGCUUCGAACAAUGAACAAUAAGAAAGGUCUUGUCCGGAAGCCUCAGCCUGUCCGCCUCAGUGGAGUGGACUCUGUCUUUGGCAGGAUCAUCACAGCUCAGCCCCCAAAGUGGACGGGGACAUUUAGAGUUUCUGACAAAUCAGCCUUUUGCAAAAUCAUCAGCCGGGAGCAUCAGUGGCCCACUGGACUGAAGGAGCCUCAAAUUCAAAUGACAGUGACUAUGUGUAAGCAGAUGCUGCGGUCUAUUCUGUUACUAUAUGCAACGUACAAGAAGUGCACUUUUGCCUUACAGCACUCCAAGUAA